AUGAGGAAGAGGUUGAGCAACCUAGAAAAGUGGUGGAUGGCAGCACAAGAAGAGCAAAAAGAAAAAGAACAAAAAAAUAAAGAAGAAGAAGAGCAACAAACACAAUACCAGAAUACAGAAGAAAUAAAUAUCGAGGAAGAGGAAAUUCCUUUGACAACAUACAAGACAAUUAAUGACGAAGUGGUGGAAAGACAAAACAAACUAGAGAAACAAAUAGAGCAGAUGGGAAGAAUACUAACAAAAUUGUUGGAAAAUGAUCAGGCUGCAAUCACAAAAAAGAAACAACAGUCGCAGGGACAAUAG